CUACACCCGCAGAGUUGGAGAAGAAGUUGCGACGUCGCACAACGGAGAAUCGAGAGGAGAACGCCCGUGCGUUGCUACGGGCUACACCAAUUUUUAAACUACUUGUUACUUCUAAAAACAAUAAUUUUUUGCCAAGUGGCGACAAUUGGAAAAACGCGGUACCUUGAAGUUCUUAGCAACAUUAUUUACUACAACAAUCAGACUUUAAUUGUAUGAGUUAAACUGAUUGCUAAAUAACAAAAAUUGUCUAAUCGAAUGAUUAACAGACUUCCACCCUUCAAUAUUUUAUCUGCAGCUUAGCAUAAAGAAUGCUAUUAUCAUUAGUAGUGGCCAUAAAACACCAGUACUUUGUAGUAAGGCACCAACAACAGAUCCACUAUAAAUAAGAAAGGAUAUUCCAUCUAUGAGUCUAUAAACAUAUCUAGGUGCAGGAUAUCAACCACCGAAAAACUCUUAGCACAUGUCAAACUUAUAGUCAAAGACGAGAGCUUCAUCUGCAAUGUUGUUAGCCACAUGUAGUUUAACUCGGGGAUUUGUAACUGAAAUUGGCUCGGACAAAGACACAAACAACUUCUGUGCACAAAAAUAACAAAGAACACCUAGGGAAUUCUAUAACUAUUAACAAUAAGUACCACAUGUGCGGCGAGCUGACAUCCCGGAAUUGUGCAAACUCAAGACCAUCCGUACGAAAUAGAAGUAAUCUAGAGAGACAUGGACUAAACCUAGGAGCGCACAGCAAUAGCGAAGGAAUCAGUAAAAAAGACACCAAUUAAUAAAAUCCAAAUAGAGGAGAGAAGCAACACAUGACCUUGUGUUGGAGGCUCUCCCUAACCAGGAAAGCAUGGACUCGGCCAAGUCCGCCUCGCUCGCCAUGAACUCUGUCGUCUCCUCCGAGUCAGGGUCCUCCAGCCUGCACCGGCCAUAACACCGCAAAGCUACUUAGACGACCAAACCUCAAAGAAAGCAACAGUUGGGGCUGAGAUGGGAAAAAAAUACCGUCUUUUGUGAAUUUUAUGGAGUCAUCUUAUAAAUGUCACAUAGAGCUGAGAUGGGCUGACUCGAAAAACUGAAUUCAACUGAAACAUAUUCAAGACUGGAACCUCUGUAUGAAUGGCAGUGGAUCAUCCUAUACAACUGUAGUACCUAAAUCGUAGCUGAUCUAAACUAAAGAAAAAUCAAUAUUCGGAUGAAACUGAAUGGAAAUCAAAAUUGAAGCCUUUGUAUGCAUAUGAAUGGAUCAUCCUAUAAUGCUGCAUUACCCGACUCAUGCGUAGAACUGCUGAGGCCUUUUCAAGUAGGUUUCUUUCGUUCCAUAGUUUGCAAUGUAUCCUAGUACUUGUUUUUUUUCUAAUUCCUAGUCUACACGGCACCAUUGUCAGAAUAAAUAGAUGACAUGAGAUUGGAUUUGUUUAUUAGUGCCGGUGCAGCACUUUCGAAUAGAACAAGUCAAUUUAUCCCAAAUGAAUAUUCUACUAUAUUGAAAGUAUAUAUGAAGAGCACAUAUUGUCAUUUAACUUCAAUACAAACAAUGGAAGAAUUCCAUGGACCACAGUAUCUAUUUAUAUGUAAGACUCAACAAAUCAAACAAUUAAGGAAUCAUCUUUUAUUCAGGAUGCCGUUAAUUCCUCAACAUAUUGGUAGGCCAUGUUCUAAUGAACCAAGAAUAGACUAUCAUGCCCAUCUUCUUUCGUAAAUUAUACAGUGUAUUGUCAUGUUGGAAUGAACAGAUGCAUAAUAUGUUAAAAUCAGAAUAAAAGCAACACGGCGGUGGGCAUACACAUGAAAACAAUCAUAGCUUCCCAAUAGAUUGGAAUUUAUCAAGACUAAGGAACACCUGAUUCAAUAGACCACUGAAGCUAUUCUUUACUCGCAUCAUUUUUCUUCUCAAGUGUUGAUCGGAACUGCAGCAACCCUAAAGUAUGCCCUGUAGGAGUAGUAUCAAAAACUACAACCCUAAUAUGCAAUAAGAGAACAGAAGUCAGACUCUAAUGGUUACUGGAACUGAGGAAUAUCCAAUAAGAGAACAGAAGUCAGACUCUAAUGGUUACUGGAACUGAGGUGUGAGCUGAAAUAAAUACAUAUCACAAUUAACCAAAAAAAUAUGAGAAAGUACAGGAAGUUGUACCAGCUGGAGUACAGAAGAAGACGUAAGGAAACACAUGCUUGACACUGCCAAUCUCCCAUAGCUUCCUCGUUCGGAACAUUUAUUUAGAGAUCUGGACUGAAAAACAAGCACGCAUGAAUCAAUCUCCUCACUGUGUGGACUCGAACCUGCAUGACAGCGUCGAAGAAAUUGGUUGUGGAGUUCAAUGGUCCACUGGAGGAAAGACUUGGGGUUGAUGGUGAGGACGACGCGCACGAGGUCGGACCGCCAGAGUCGCCGGUACACGACUCACAUCCAGGGCGAAAACGGAUCUGCCGAAACCUUCGCGAACCAGUCAACAGGCGAACUCGAUGGGGAAGAAAACAUGACGAUCUUAGACGUACUCCUGGACAUCGGGGGCACGAGGCAGCCACCCCUGCUGCGGCCCUGCUCUCGUUCGCCGCGUCGCCAGAGGAGGAGGCACCGGCGGUGGCGGUGUGAGAUCUGGGGAUCUCGAGGGGAUGGCGGCGCAACGAUCUCGAGGGAAUCGAGAGCGACGGCGACGCAGCUUACUCGAGGGGAUCGAGAGCCGAGGGCGGCGGCGACGGGAGGGGAUCGAGAGUGGAGGGCAGGAGAGUCGUGCGUGCGAUUGGUUUAGGUUUUUUUUUCGCUGGUUAAUUUUCGUUGGUUAAUUUUCGGAGGUUUUUUUCCUUCGCUUGUAGAUGGGUGCGACGUUAGGUGCGGCCCUGGACUGUGUGGGGGCAUCGCGACGUGGUUUUUUUAUUUGACGCGGCUAACAGUGAGGUGGGAGCAGGUAUCAAAAAACCAUGAUAGGUGGGACGAAAAUAAAUCUGGAACGGAGACUACCAACUAAGACAUUAGAAGUAGAGAUUGAAUAAACUCUUUUUUAAAAAAAAACUCUGCAUGGGAUGGGGGAUGGGGGGAUGGCGCGCCAUCCAACGAAUCAUACCCCGAGCAAGAAUAACCGCCCGUCCUGGCUUCUGCUCUGUAUCCUCACUGUUCUCUGGACCCACCCCCACAACGUCUGGCCACUGACAACCCUACCCGGCGGAACUGACCGCCACCCGUCACCGUCCGUCAAGCAGCAACGACGUGACAAAUAAACGGCCGCGCCUGCCAGCCGAUGACAACCCACCCGUCUCCACUGACACCUGUGCCCCGAAACCACGGGCCCCACAGACUCCCGAGAGAGAAAGCCCCACCACCACGCUGGAGGUGGGCCCGGGGUCACGAGGCGAAGGGAUGGAUGGAUGGAUGGCAGUUGGGCUCACCAGGUAGGAGGGGGCGCGCGCCGUCGCGGGCAAGUGGAAACCGCCUCCCCGAUAAAACCCUGGCGCCCCUCCCCGCUCUCGCCUCCGCCUCCGCUCCCCUCCGCCCCGCGCACGCGUCACGCAUCGCUCUUCAAGAAAGAGUUUCGGCCAACCGCCCCGAGAUCCCCAUGGAUGCCGGCGCCGGCCACGGCGCCUCGCCCGACGACGCCGACGCGGCCUUCUUCUCGCGCCGCCGGUACCGCUGCUGCUGCUUCUCCGCGCCGUGGCAGUCGUCGUCCUCCUCGCACGCCCGCCGCGCGGGGACGACCACGACGGACGAGGAGUGGUGGCACCAGGUGGGGGAAGGGGGCGCAGGGACGGGGGCGGGCGCGGAGCGGCGGCGGUGGUGGCGGCGCGGGGUGGACGCGCUGAUGAAGGUGCGCGAGUGGUCGGAGCUGGUGGCCGGCCCGCGCUGGAAGACCUUCAUCCGGCGGUUCCGCCGCGGGCACCACCGGCACGGGGGCGGGGCCGGCGCCGGCGGGGGGCGGAAGCUCAACUACGACGCGCUCAGCUACGCGCUCAACUUCGACGAGGGCCACGGCGCCAGCCCGGAGGGCCCCGGCGGCGAGUUCCCGGGGUACCCCGACUUCUCCACCCGCUUCGCCGCGCCGCCGGGCUCCGCCAGGUCCUCCAUGGACCUCGGCGGCCGCGACGCGCCCUCGCUGUUCCACCACCCGCUGCCGCAGCAGCCGCACACUCCCCCCGCCGCCGCGCGGGGCUGACGGCGCCGGCCAACCGAUUCUUUUCUGCUAUAGUGGGGCGGCGGAGGCGAUAAGGCGGGACGUCCCUUUCUUCCUGUUGGCCGCUGGUGGCGGUGGAUGGUGUCCAUAGGCUGGUGGUGGUGGUGGUGCUCCGGCAAUUCUUUCAUUUUCUUGUCUCGUUCGCCAUUGUAUAAAAUCAUACAGCAGUAGAACUCAAUUUUGUUGUAAUAGUCACAGAAUUUGUCCAGAAAGCUCCUCUCGCUUGUAUCUAUGAUCAUCAUCUCCCAUCAUCAUGUUAUGAAACAUAUAUUUGUAGAUUCCUGUUAUCAUCAUUAGUGCUGCAGUCGAUGAUAUUACAAAUUAACGUGGUAUAUUUUUUGCA